CCAGCAGCCAAUCACUGUCCUCAUUGUUAGGAGAAGCUGCUCUUAGGGGAUAAUUGCUUCAGAGAAACCACUGGGAUUAGAUUGACAGGAGCUACUUAGUCCUUCCUUCUGCUGCUACCUCUCCCCUGAACUGAGCUCCUGACUCUCAUAGUCAGCAGGACUUUAAGACGCCUCUUCCUCAUGAAGGCACUUCUUGCUCUUGGGUUCCUGGCAUCUUGGGUAGCUGCAGGAGAGCACGCAUUGAGAGGUGAAUGUCCUGCUGACCCUCUUCCAUGUCAGGAGCUGUGUGCUGGGGACGAAUCCUGUCCCCAGGGGCACAAAUGCUGCAGCACAGGGUGUGGCCAUGCCUGCCGAGGAGACAUCGAGGGAGGGCGGGAUGGUCAGUGUCCCAGAAUCCUGGUAGGCCUGUGUAUUGUCCAGUGCAUGAUGGAUGAGAACUGUAAAUCCGGGGAAAGGUGCUGUAAGUCAGGCUGCGGCCGCUUCUGCAUCCCAGGACUCCAGCCCCUCCAACAGCUCAAAGACUCCAACCUGACUGAUGGCUUUAAUUCUAAACUGGAGGCUCAAGCACCCUAGCUGACCUUAUUUGCUUGGAGCUCCAGGAAGCCAGGAAGGGGUGACAUCCUGGGGCUUGUGACACUCCCUGGAGUAUCAGGCCGUUGCCUCGUAUCUCCUGCUAAUUGCAGCACACGGAACUGCCCUGGUGCUGGGCGCUUCUCUUUCCCAAUAAAAUGCUGGCAUGGACCCUCUUGUAUGUACUGUGUAGGGAUCACUGAGGCAGGAGACCUAGUGAGUCUUCCUGUGCGUGGAUUUGGCAUUG